AUCGUGGCACCUUCCUGACCAUGUUUUGCGCGAGGUACUAUGAUCGCCAGUGGUUCUUACCAGCACUAGAUCCCACCCCUGAUCCCACCCGGCUCGGUCUAAUCUCAAGCGGAUCGAGCCAACCUGGCUCUCUCCGUGAGCCACGUUGGUAGUCCGACCUCAUCGAUGGAAAACGCUUGACGUCACGCCAGCCGGGGGGGUCCCCUGAUUGCCACGUGGUGGAAUUAUUGGUCUGCCAAUAGCUGCAGUCACGAGAAACACCUUCUCCGCCACGCUCCCUUCAGCGCGUGCAGGUAACGCUACCGAAAUAAGAGAUAAUCACAAUAAAUAUGUGGCUAUUGCUUCGGAACACAGCCUCGAAAUUACAUAAAACAGUCGCUGAGUCGCGUAGUCGCGCUUGGGACUAUGAUUUCUUUUCUUCUUCCCCCACCCCUUGCCACUUCCAAUUCCCCCAAUUAAAAAACGUACGCUCUUAUAUUAUUAUUUUCGCACCUUCACUUUCUCCAUCUCCUAUGAUCUUAUCUUUCUCGCAUUUUCUAUCCAGACAACCAGAAAAUUAGAGCACCCUUUUCAGCUACCUUAAUUAACUGAUAUAUAUAUAUAUAUAUAUAUAUAUAUAUAUAUCCACUGUAUAUCUUCUAGCUGUGUAGUCUCGAUCUGCUAGAGAUUAUUCAUCCAUCAUCAUGGAUACAGCACUACGUAAUGUUCAACAAAGGAGAGCAACAAAACCGCCAAAGCCCAAGAAGAAACCAAUCAAGGUGGUGUACAUCUCCAACCCCAGGAGGGUGGAGACGAGUGCCUCGGAGUUUAGGGCCUUGGUGCAAGAACUCACGGGCCAAGAUGCCGAAUUGCCCGACCCGGGGAAGUUUUCGGAGGCCGACGACGAUGUCGGCAGCCACCGGGCCGUGCCGGAGGCGGCCAAAGUACCUGGGGAUGAUCAUGCUUUAUUAGGGGUUCCAAGUGGGGACCCUGGCGGCGGCCCGGAGAUACCGGAGAACUCCGAUCUUUCGUUCGAGCCGUACGACGAUGUUUUCGUGCCCUAUAUGACGGAUAAUUUUGGGGGAUCAUUGCCUUCAAGUGUGGUGUAUGAAAGCUCCCAAGUUGAUCAUAUGCUCAGAAGCUUCGAUGCAGUGUAAAUUCAGUAAGAUGGUUCUAUAGUUUAAUUAGCAUUAUGGUCUGUAUGUUAAUUAUGUGGUGUAUGUGUGUAAUUAAUUAAACGUGUAUGCUUCUUCAUACACUUAAUUAAUCUUUGUGAAUCGAUUGAAAUCUAAUCCAAUCUUGGAUUGCAAGGAUAUAGAAGUUGACUAAUUAACGGCAA